AUGGAUUCCAUUAGAACUUCAGAAAUUAUAACAGCCAUUCAGGAUAUAUCCGAGUCAGUGUUCGUGGGACUGUGUUGUAAAGUGGGGACCUCACAACUGGUGGCCAUGAGGAGAGACGUGGUGGACAUCAGUGAGAUGAUGGAAAAUCAAAUAAUAAGUGGAGAGUGCAGUAUGUUAAGUGGAAGUCGAAGAGAAGGAUUUAGACUGAAAGAAUCAGAUAUGGACAUUAUGAUAUGGCCAAAUAAUCACCGUGUGAUCUGGGAAUUAUCACAGUCUCAGUACUACAACACAAACAGACAGACACUGAUCCUCUGUGACUGUUCUGAUAGUCCACCAGGAUUUACUUUGUUAUAUUUACUGUCACCAAGAACGAACAUAUACAUCCAUAGAGCGUGUGUUAGAAUGAAUAACAGACAUUAUGUAUCUAGUUCUAAAUACAGACAAAUCAUGUGUUCUGCAUUUCCAAUUAACGCAUCCCAACAUGGACCCUGUGCCAGUGGAAUGUUUGGAACAACAAAGUAUGAUUAUGCCAACUGUUUUGUCAGUGACUUUUGGCCUCCAUCUGCCUCCUCAUGGAUAGACAGAUGUCACUCAUGGCCCCAGCCUCAUAUUGUUGAUGAUAUAAUAAAAAAUGGAUGUCACUUUAAGAUCAAGGACAAGUUGACACAGCCAUAUGUGAUAUGUAGAAAUCUAGAUGUAGAGAUGUAUACCGAGGCUGUAGUGGGACAGUCCUGGUCUACUAAGAUAAGACAGGCUGUAGCAUGGGAUAUCAACCUUUUUAAUAAAAUCCAUUACAUCAGCGAGUUGAUACCAGAACAAUGGUCUAGUCUACAGAUGAAAUUGCAGUUUUUAGCUAUCCCACCCUUUAUCUUGUUAUACAUGCUAGAGAUCUUGUGUUACAGAUCUGUAGACACAAUGAGAAUACAAACAGCUCUAGAUGAUCUACAGACCCUAGUGCACUAUGAUCACAGUCAUAUUUUAGAUACACGUCUCAGAGACACAUCAUGGCAGAUUCUGGGGAUCUGUCAACAGGUGACAGGGAACCUCCAGGCUGCUCUAUACUCAUAA